AUGUGGAAUCAUCUUGUAGUUUGCGAAUUUCUUCGUAAUGCUUCCGCCAAUGUCCAUGCUAUGGAUUAUACUGGAAUGACCCCAACAAUCAAGGCCUGGGAACAUAUCUUGACGCGCCGAGGUAGUCCGACACAGAUUGAAAAACUCAGAACGCUAUUUCCUGAUAUUGAUUUUGUUGAUGACAUGGGAUUUUCACACAUUCACAUGCUGGUGCUUGGUCUUUUACAGGGUGAUCUUGUAGAGACAUUAAAGAUCAGAAGUUAUCGAACACAAAUCGACCGGCCCGAUUUGACCGGAAAAUCGCCUUUGCAUUGGGCAGCAACUCGCGGUGAUUUUGAAGGUAUUGAGAUCCUUCUCAAAUAUGGGGCCAAUGUGGCUGUGACGGAUGAAUCAGGUGGAACACCAUUGAUGUUCGCCGCAUCCUCUGGUUGCCUGAAAUGUUUGAAACUACUCCUAGAUGCUGACAGUAGUGUUCACUUAAAGAACCACUAUGGCUCGGACGCACUCUACUUUGCUUGCAGACACCAGAGAGGAUUACCUCCGGUCAUUCUUCUGCUGAAGUGGGGUGCGCGUUUGAAUACUCAAAAUAAGAAUGGACAUACUGCCUUGAUUGGUGCGGCAAUCCGGAAUAACUUCAAAAUCGGCAGAUAUCUUCUGCGUCAAGGUGCGGACAUUGAUGUGCAGGGUGCAAAUGGUGAAACCGCUCUAUUUGAAGCGAUUUUCCAUAGUAGCCAUGAAUUCCUCAAACUACUUUUAGAAUGGUCCUCUGAUUACACCAUUGCAAAUCAUGAUGGAUCAACUAUCCUUCAUUCGGCGGCACUGGAAGGGGACUGUGAAACACUCAAUAUUUUGCUUUGUUCGGAGCUAAAGGGCUUAAAUCCAUCGGAUCGAAACAAGAAACGUCUGACGGCGAUGGAUAUGAUUUCAAAGCGAUCAACCUUUCCUGAAGGGUUUCUAAACUUAUUUGAUCGCCUAUUAUCAUCAAUCACAACUGACGGCUCAGAAACGUAA